AUGAGACCACCCCCAAGAUCCCUAGAAGAGUAUUUGUACAGGCUCUUAAUGGACUCCCCAGCAUUUAACAACUGGGUGAAAAGAGUCCAUGCUCGAAUUAAUGGACUUCCACCUCCACAUCUUCAACAAGAACAUCAAAAUUUAAAGGUUGAAAAUUUGAAUGAUUUCCAUCCUACAAGGUACCAAAAAUUUAAUGCAUUUAGAAUCAUUUGGGCUGAUGAAUUUAAACGUUCAUUUGGAUUUGGAAGAAGAAAUUAA